AUGUCGUCGGUUCGGUUCACUUCCGCAUUGGCUCGCCGCUCCCUCAACUCCCCUCUUCUUCCCUGCGCUGCCCCUCCCACUUCCUCCGCUCUUCGCUCUUUCUCUUCUGCUUCUUAUUCUGCCUUCUCUUCUUCCUCCUCCUCUUCCUCUCCAUCCACCGCUCGUGCUCUCGCCUCCUCUGCUCGCAUCUCCCGUCCCGCAGCUGCUCGUUCUCUAUACCGUAUUCAAUCCCGCAACAUGGCGACUGAAAUCCAGAAGAUCAAGGUCAAGAACCCCGUCGUGGAGCUGGACGGUGAUGAGAUGACCCGCAUUAUCUGGAAGGAGAUCCGAGAGAAGUUGAUCUUGCCUUUCCUCGACAUCGACCUCAAGUACUACGAUCUGGGUCUUGAGUACCGUGACCAGACCGAUGACAAGGUCACCGUUGAGUCCGCCGAGGCCAUCAAGAAGUAUGGUGUCGGUGUCAAGUGCGCCACCAUCACUCCUGAUGAGGCCCGUGUUGAGGAGUUCAAGCUGAAGAAGAUGUGGCUCUCCCCUAACGGUACUAUCCGUAACAUUCUUGGCGGUACCGUUUUCCGUGAGCCCAUUGUCAUUCCUCGCAUCCCCCGUCUUGUGCCCGGAUGGACCAAGCCUAUCAUCAUCGGUCGUCACGCUUUCGGUGACCAAUACCGUGCUACCGACCGUGUGAUUCCCGGCCCCGGCAAGCUUGAGCUUGUCUACACCCCCGAGGGCGGCCAGCCCGAGUCCAUUAAGGUCUACGACUUCCAGGGCGGUGGUGUUACCCAGACUCAGUACAACACCGACGAGUCGAUCCGCGGCUUCGCUCACGCCAGUUUCAAGCUCGCCUUGGCCAAGAGCCUCCCCCUCUACAUGAGCACCAAGAACACUAUCCUGAAGAAGUACGAUGGCCGCUUCAAGGACAUCUUCCAGGAGAUCUUCGAGUCCACCUACAAGAAGGAGUUUGAUGCCAAGGGUAUCUGGUACGAGCACCGUCUCAUUGACGACAUGGUCGCCCAGAUGAUCAAGAGUGAGGGCGGUUUCAUCAUGGCUCUGAAGAACUACGAUGGUGAUGUCCAGUCCGACAUUGUCGCCCAGGGUUUCGGUUCUCUCGGUCUGAUGACCUCCACCCUCAUUACCCCCGAUGGCAAGACCUUCGAAUCCGAGGCCGCCCACGGCACCGUCACCCGCCACUACCGCGAGCACCAGAAGGGCCGUGAGACCUCCACCAACCCCAUUGCCUCCAUCUUCGCCUGGACUCGUGGUCUGGUCCAGCGUGGUAUCAUCGACGAGACCCCCGAUGUUGUCAAGUUCGCCGAGGCGCUCGAGCGCGCUUGUAUCGACGUUGUCAACGAGGAGGGCAUCAUGACCAAGGACCUUGCCCUUGCCUGCGGCCGUAAGGAGCGUGAGGCGUGGGUUACUACCCGCGAGUACAUGGCCGCUGUCGAGAAGCGCCUCAAGUCCGACCUCAAGUCUCGCCUGUAA